CUUCUGUGUCUGCUUCAUACUGGUUCAUCUUGUUUGUUAGCGGUCCACUAGUAAGUAUCUCAGUGUUGUUGAAAGUAACCAUUAAUUGUUGCAGUCUUGCAGAGACCUUUGUUAGCCAGCCACAGCAUCAUGGUGGUGUUUCUUGAUUUCCAUACAUCACUCUCCCAAGAUUUAGAUACCUUUGGACUAUUCAGCAACAAACCAUAUGCUAAAGUCUCAAACAUCAGCUUCUAUCUUUUUCUAUCUCAUUCUAUAUUUUGAUAUUUUCACUAAAACAACAGCCUCCACUAAUUCUCUCUACAUAUACCACCAACACAAGAAGAGACGUUUCCCUCUUAUCUUUUACCCCUUCCACUCAUCUCUCAACUACAACGAUGAGAAAAGAAGACAACCGGUUUAGAACGGUUCAGGAAGACGAACCGCUUUUUGUCACCGGGAGGAGAACCGGAAGAGUGAUAGCGUACCGGGUAUUCUCAGCCUCGGUUUUCUUUUGCAUCUGUUGGAUUUGGCUCUAUAGAGUGACCGCACCGGUAGAGAUUGAUGAUAACCGGACCGGUUUUGCUCGAUUCGCCUGGUCGGUUAUGCUACUCACAGAGAUUUGGUUCGGUCUGUAUUGGAUAGUCUUACAAUCUCCCCGCUUGAACCCGGUUUGGCGGUUCACCUUCACCGAUAGACUAUCCCGGAGGUACGGCAACGAUCUCCCUAGGCUCGACGUUUUCGUCUGCACGGCGGAUCCGGUGAUAGAGCCGCCGUUGAUGGUGGUCAACACAGUUUUAUCCGUAGCGGCUCUCGAUUACCCACCGGAGAAACUUGCGGUGUAUCUCUCGGACGACGGUGGUUCCGAGCUCACGUUCUAUGCUCUUGCGGAGGCAGCUGAGUUUGCUAAAGUUUGGGUACCUUAUUGCAAAAGAUUCGACGUUGAACCGAGAUCCCCUGCUGCUUACUUGUCUCGCAAGGCAAGUGGUCUUGAUUCAGCUGAAACAGAGGAAGUAGUUAGGUUGUAUCAAGAAAUGGCGGUGAGGAUUGAAACGGCGGCGAGGCUCGGGAUUAUACCAGAUGAGGCGCGUUUGAAGUAUGGUGAGGGGUUCUCGCAGUGGGACUCUGACGCUACUCGCAGAAACCAUGGAACCAUUCUCCAAAUUUUGGUAGAUGGAAGAAAAGAGAAUACGGUAACGGUACCAACGUUGGUGUAUCUAUCGAGAGAGAAAAGACCAGAGCAUCAUCAUCACUUCAAGGCUGGAGCCAUGAACGCUUUGAUAAGGGUGUCUUCGAAGAUCACAUGUGGGAGAAUCAUAUUAAACUUGGACUGUGAUAUGUACUCAAACAACUCAAAGUCCGCACGCGACGCACUAUGCAUUCUCCUUGAUGAGAAAGAGGGGAAAGAGAUUGCUUUCGUGCAGUUCCCGCAGUGUUUUGAGAACCUUACCAAGAAUGAUUUGUAUGCAAGUAUGAUGCGAGUAGGAUAUGAUGUGGAGUUUAAUGGAUUGGAUGGAAAUGGCGGUCCAUUAUACAUUGGAACUGGCUGCUUUCACAGAAGAGAUGUCAUCUGCGGAAGAAAGUAUGGAGAGGCAGAAGUAGAAGAAGAAUCUGAGGAUAUUUCAGAGACUGAGAUGAUUAAGGCUCUCGCGAGCUGCACUUAUGAAGAAAACUCCCAAUGGGGAAAGGAGAUGGGUGUGAAAUAUGGUUGCCCUGUUGAGGAUGUGAUUACCGGUUUAGAGAUUCAGUGCCGGGGAUGGGAAUCAGCAUACUUGAACCCCAAAAAUAAAGCUUUCGUGGGUGUGGCGCCGACCAAUUUGCAUCAAAUGCUUGUGCAGCAUAGGAGAUGGUCAGAGGGUGACUUUCAGGUUCUGCUUUCAGAAUAUAGUCCGGUUUGGUAUGGCCAAGGAAAGAUCGGUUUAGGACUGAUUCUUGGUUACUGUUGCUAUUGCCUUUGGGCUCCAAGUUCAGUACCGGUGCUUCUUUACUCUCUUUUUACUUCUCUCUCUCUCCUCAAAGGCAUUCCUCUGUUUCCAAAGGUCUGGAGCUGGUGGUUUAUCCCGUUUGGGUACGUGACUAUUGCAGCUAAUGCUUAUAACCUAGCCGAGUUCUUGUGGUGUGGAGGAACGUUACGUGGGUGGUGGAACGAGCAAAGGGUGUGGCUUUAUAGAAGAACAAGCUCGUUUCUUUUCGGACUCGUAGACACGAUUAAAAAGAAGCUUGGGGUUUCGGAGUCUGCGUUUGUGAUCACAGCCAAAGUUGCAGAAGAGGAGGCGGCUGAGAGGUACGAGAAAGAGGUGAUGGAGUUUGGAGUGGAAUCUCCCAUGUUUCUCCUCCUCGGAACACUCGGGAUGCUUAAUCUUUUCUGCUUCGUUGCUGCGAUGGCGAUCACUUGUAGAGAGGCUGGAGGAGAUAUACAGACAAUGGGUUUGCAGUUUUUGAUAACAGGAGUACUUGUGGUACUAAACUGGCCUUUAUAUGAAGGCAUGCUGUUGAGGAGAGACAAAGGGAAGAUGCCCAUGACCGUAACAGUUAAAUCGUUUGUCUUAGCUUUAUCUGCUUGCACUUGUGUUGCAUUUUUGUAAAGAAAGACAGAACCAAUGUAGUAUUUCAAAUACUGGGCAGCCACUGUAUGUUUCUCUUA